AUGGAAAACCUCACCAUGGAUAACAUGACUGUGGAGAACGACACGUCGGUGCAGAACAAUCAGACCCUGGGUGUGUGGACUGACUACACCAUAGAGUACAAAGUGGUCAGUGUGUUUUUAGUUUCCCUCAUAUGCGGGUUGGGCAUCGUGGGGAAUAUGAUGGUCAUAUUGGUGGUCCUGACCACCAAACACAUGCGGACUCCCACUAACUGUUACCUGGUGAGUCUGGCCGCGGCUGACCUGAUGGUCCUGACUGCCGCCGGGCUGCCCAACAUCACCGACGCCCUGCACGGACAGUGGGUGUACGGCUACGCGGGCUGCUUGGGUAUCACUUAUUUCCAGUACCUGGGGAUAAACGCAUCUUCCUGCUCCAUCACCGCCUUCACUGUGGAGCGCUACAUCGCCAUCUGCCACCCCAUUAAAGCGCAAUUCCUGUGCACUUUAUCCAGGGCAAAGAAAAUCAUCAUGCUGGUGUGGGCGCUCACCUCUGUCUACUCCGUUAUGUGGCUCUUUCUGUCAGACACUAAAAAGUUGGUUUAUGACAACGUGGUGCUGCUCAGCUGCGCCUAUAAAGUGUCCAGGAGUCACUACCUGCCCAUUUACUUCACAGAUUUCGCGGUGUUUUACGUGCUGCCCCUCAUGCUGGCAACGGUUCUGUACGGACUGAUCGCCAGGAUACUUUUCCUAAACCCGCUUCCUUCAGACCCGAAGGAGAGCACUAAGAAGUGGAAGAAGGAGAUGAGUCAGUUAGGGAAGAUGAUCAGCACCAGCUCCUCCAGCAGCACUACGGCUGCCUCCCGCAGACAGGUGACCAAGAUGCUGGCUGUGGUGGUGAUUCUCUUCGCCUUACUUUGGAUGCCCUACCGGACCUUGGUGGUGGUCAACUCCUUCCUGGAGAAGGCCUACCUGGACACCUGGUUCCUGCUCUUUUGCCGCCUCUGCAUCUACUUGAACAGCGCCAUCAACCCGGUCAUCUACAACGCCAUGUCCCAGAAGUUUCGCGCCGCUUUCAAAAAGCUGUGUCACUGCGGCCCUCAGCGCAUGGAGAAGCCUGCUUCGUACAGCGUUGCGCUCACCUACACCGUCAUCAAGGAGACGUCCAACGGGGAAAGUCCCGACCACUUCACUACAGAAAUGGAUGAGCUCACCACGCCGACCAAUCAGUUUCUACCUGCCAGCCUCAUGCCGACUGCCAAGAAGAUGCCAUUCGAGGAGCCUUCCCUGUUGGGGAGUGAUGUCAAAGCCUGA